UUGUCUUUGUGCUUUGAGGCCACUAUGUUACAGCAAAACCGAAAGGCAACGCAUCUAAAAAGUUGGACUUUUCCUGACAUGAUCAAAGUUCACAGUCAGACACGUGUCAUCAAAUAACAGAGACAGCGCGCACAGAAACUGAGGAUAAUGAAGGCAUUCAGGCAGAGCCAGGUGAUCCGGGAAAAUCACGGGGCAGAUAGUGACUUGUUGGCCGAUUAAUUGCAUCUUGAGGAGUGAUCUGGCUCAUCCAUUCACUGCUUUCCAACAUUACAGCUCCGGGUGGGAAAAGGGCUGGCAGGCACGCCCACAGCCUGUGACACCUGGCCGGUCGUGAUCAAGCUGUCAAGGCGCGCAGAGCACAUUCCUCUGCUGUGGACCAAAACACCUUAUGAUCCAUCACCCGCAGCCGUGAAUGUGCCACAGAAUGACACAGAUCUUAGACAGGGACGGGGAACAUCUUUAAAAAUAGUAUUUGAGCGACACAGGAUGAAACCAAACUUGAAGAGUUGCUUCAACCCUCAGCAGCUCCUCGCCUCUCUCCUCUUACUGUGCUGCUGCUCUCCGCCUCUCCCUCAUUUCACAGAGUAGCAGCGCUGGCACAGCAUCGCUCAGCAACCCCGUGAGCUGCGGUAUCUGCAUAUGCGCACCUCGUUACUCAGAUCCCCGGGGCCGCUCGAGCCGAUGAUCCAAAACCAUAGCGGUGGAUAAACGAGAUCUGGACUUAUUCAGAGUACCACAAGAGGGGAUAGUUCUUUUGGAGAGGAAAAUAAAAAGUGCGUUGUCCCGAACAGCUUCAAGAAGAAACGGGACAUCUGUGAGGAAUCGCCACUGUGCCGUGCGGCGGCGCGUAGAGGGGCCACAGCGUCAGACGGGGAGCAAAAGAGGAGGUUUUUACGCACAGCAGCACCAAGAAACGCGCCGGUCCCCCUCUCCGUGCACUAAACUCAGUAUCCUCGUCAGCCACUCGGAUUGUCAUUUCACUAAGUCUGCAUCCUGAAAGGUCGACAGGAAUGGAAUCUCUGAUUAUAGCGGCGCUGGCACUGUGCUCUCUAACAGCACCAGCCUGCGGGGACAAAGGCACCAGCAAAGCCCGGAGUUGCUCGGACAUCCGUCAGUUUUACGGUGCAAAGGGGUUCUCUCUGGAUAAUGCCCCUCUGUCCGAAAUAUCAGGAGAGCACCUGCGCAUCUGUCCUCAGGGUUACACCUGCUGCACUGUUGAAAUGGAGGGAAGCCUGGCAUCAAUGAGCUGUAAGGAGAUGGAGGGGUUACUCAAAGAUGCUGGUCGCGCUGUGCAAACCUCACUCACUGGACAGCACAAAGCCUUUGAUGGUUUCUUCUUGGACUUGCUGAAUCGUUCCAUGGCAAGGCUGCAGAAGAGUUUUACUUCAACCUGGGGUCUUCUGUACCAGAUGAAUACUCAGGUGUUUUCUGACCUGUACAAUGAUUUAAGCGGCUACUGCCGAGGUGGCAGUGUCAACCUGGAAGAAGUCCUAAAUGAAUUCUGGGCCAAGCUACUGGAAAAGCUCGUCUAUCAGAAAAACAAGCAAUUUUCAUUAGGUGAAGACUACCUGGAGUGUUUGUCAAAGCAGAUUGAGACGAUAAGACCUUUUGGAGAAACACCCCGUAAAAUGUCUGGAGAAGUGACUCGCACACUCCUGGCAGCACGUUCAUUUCUACAGGGACUAGUAAAGAGUGCAGAGGUGGUUCGCAAAGUGUCUCAGGUGCCACUGAGCCCUGCAUGCAUGCGAGCCAUGAUGAGAAUGACUUACUGCCCCCACUGCCGGGGCAUCCCCUCUGCUAGACCCUGUGCCAAUUACUGCAGCAACGUAAUGAAAGGAUGUCUAGCCAACCAAGCUGACCUCAACACUGAGUGGAAGCACCUAGUAGACACAAUGGUUUUCGUAGCUGAGAACCGUCUGAUUGGCAUGGAUCAGACGAUCCUGUCUCUCCCAGAACGUAUAUCGGAAGCCAUGUAUACCAUGAUGGAGAAAAUUGAAACCAUCAACGCAAAGUUAUCUCAAGCAUGUGGUGAAGUAGGACCAAUCAGCACAGGAGCUGAGGAGGUCAGAACUGUAGGAAGGGUCACAGUGGAAGACACGCUGGUAGACACUUCUAAAAACAUGGCAAAGUUGGUGUCAGAAGUGACAAUGAGGCUGAGAGACAUGCAGUCGUACUGGGUUUCUCUGCCGAAGAUUCUUUGCAGUGACAGAGCCGCCCAUGGAGCUGGAGCCGAGGACAAGUGUUGGAACGGCAUAAAUCGUGCGAGGUAUCUGCCAGAAGUGAUGGGUGAUGGUCUUGCCAAUCAGAUUAACAACCCGGAAGUGGAAAUCGACAUCACCAAGCCAGACAUGACAAUCCGCCAACAAAUAAUGCAGCUGAAGAUCACAAGUAACCGUCUGAAAAAUGCGCUCAAUGGCUUUGACGUUGACUUUCAGGACACUAGUGAUGAUCCAAGUGGUUCAGGAAGUGGCUCAUGCACAGAUCCAACAUGUUCCCAGGACCCAGGACUCAUUGCCACUAGUACAGGCGGACCUGUAUUCUACCCGUACCCUCCAGAAAACAAGAAGGUGACAGGCUCAGCCCGGCAGAAUGUCCCAUCCAUCAUUAUCCUCCUGAUUUCACUCUUCAUUUUGCUGCUGCGGCGGUAAUUAAUGGAAAAAAAACAACAAAAAAAAAACAUUCUUACUUGGACUGAGUUUAAUACAUGGGGUUUGGUGAGAGCUUAAAGGGGGAGGGAGGAGAAGCUGUGGGUCAGGUACGUUGCCAAAAGUGAGUUUAAAGAAACAACAAUUAAACAAAUUUUCUUUGAUGGACUUCCCUUGGCUUUGGAUUAAAAAACAAAACAAAAUAGGGCAAUGAGAGUUCAUCAGAGUUUUUGUUCAGCUUAUGUCCUUUCUAUCUCACUGUUAUAUGACGCUCUUCUGAUACUGUUCUCCUUGCAUCCUUGUUUCUGGUGUUGCUGUUAUCUGUCUGAGAUUGUUCUUGAUCCAUACAGCUAGAAGUACGCUGUUAAUGACACGUCAGAGAAAAGAAGACUGGAGCUUUUUAAUAGAGCUCUGAUGUGUGUCGGAAUGCCACUUUUUUGAUAGAUUUAUUUAUUUAAUAAUAUUUUCAUUAGACCCCCCCCCCAUUGGUUUAUUAAUACCGUUAUUUUUAUAGGCAAAAUAUACCAACCAGAAGCUGAAAUGAAGGGAUGGAAAGGUGACUUUUAAAGACAAAUGUUCUGUCUAGCAUUCCCUCCCAGAUCUCUUAAUGCAUUAAGCGUCACAGUAUCAUUACGCAUAAACACCCUUUCCUUUUUGAUGCGAGGAUGAGAGCACUCAGCAUAAGCACUUUCGACCAUUUAAUCACAUAAGCUGUAAUAAAAGCCAUGAUUGCACUCACACUGACAUGAUCAUCAGGAGUAGUGUGUCCUGUCCUCCACUACAUCCAUCCAUCAACCCCCCCCCCCCGUCCCCCCUGCAGCAUGUGUGUUCAUGCAUGUCACACGUGGAUUGAAGGUUCAGAACAGAAAGUUAAAAAAAAAAAACUAAAAAAAAACACAACUCUACUACAGUACUUUUUUGCAACACUCCACAAAUACCACCCAAAACUGUGUCUGUUCUUUUCAAUAUUCUGUGUUAAUUUUUAUAAACAAUACAAUUUCAAUAAACAUACACAACUUUUUUUUCACAAAAGAACAAACAGGUUUGAUGGCUUAUUUGUUUUGUUUAUGUAAAAAUAUCCAAGAAGAAACUUUUUUUUUUUUUUUGGUAUUAGACACUUUAUCAUAUUGUUUCACAUAUUUCUGUUUUAUGUCAGAGUAUCCAUAUCUGCCUUUUCAUUGCAACUUCUCUGUGAGUGCCUCUUUGUUCCCACCCCCAAGUCCUUCCAGCUUUUCCACCUACUCAUCAGCUCUAGUGACAUUUAGAGUGUUCCUUGUGCUUCUACAUGAUGGCAAGACAGUGUGACGCUGACAGAAUGCUUCAUUAAGUGACAGCUUUCCAUGGAAUGUGUUGGAAACACGGCGUAUUAACUUUCUUGAUGAAAUGCUUGGCUUGGUAGAGAUCCUGUUCCACAUUUAAAUUCAAAGCUUUAUGAACGCCGUGCACAGGAUGAGGAGAUAUUGCUUGCAUGUAUGCUGGUGUAUGAACCUGUGCACGACUAGAUGUACCUGUCUGUGUCUGAUAGAUUCAAAGAAUGGGGUCUUUAGAUGUCUUUACUUUUAAAACGGACGGAAAAUAAAUUUGUAUUGUAUUGAACUAAGAUUUAGGAGUGCAGAAAUAACAAAUUGGCACAAUAGGCGAUUAAUAUAGCUCAAAAAAUGUGUUUCAGUCAACUACUGUAAUCUGUACUGACAAUAUCUGUCCUGUCAGAACUGCACAUGGCAGUUAGGACUACAGAAGACUUAAGUGGAUGUGAAGUCUUCACUGCUUCAGUUACUCACUUGGACAAUCCACAAGAAUCCAUAUUGUGAAAGAUAUAUAUGCAUCAACCGUGGAUAAAUCCACUGGACUCUCACUUUUUAACAUCAUUUGAGCUCUGUCAGUUCUGAAAAAUGCAUUUUUAUAUAAACACCUGGUUAGCUCCUCUGCAUAUGUACAUGUAAAAUGACAGGUGUCUUGAAACGGUACUUCAUUUUAUUGAUAUCAUAUAUUAAUGAAUGACUUGUUGCUGUGUGUAUGUGUUUAUAUGUCUGUGCUCCCAUGGACAGACGUAUGAGCCCCUGGUUGAGAAAUCUGCCUGUGACUGCCUUUGACUUUUGGGGUCAAUUUUGAGAUUACAAGGAAGCAUUGUUGUGGUGUUAGCUGUUGUGACGUGAGUCAAACACAUUUCAACAAAAAAAACAAAAAAAAACAAUAAUAAUAAAAUAGCAAGCACACCAUGUGUGGCCUCUUUUCACAACCCUUGAAUAAAAAGUUGACCAUAAGAGUACAAUUUAGAGAAGUACAUAUCUGCACACAGGAAGAAUCAAAACUCUAAUGGUUACAUUCCAGCUUAAAUAGGACUUUCGACUCACAACUUUGGUUUCAAUGACUGCCUCGUUAUGUCAUUGGCUUAAAUUUGCACAAUCCUUUUCCUCUGCCGCCUUUUGCUUUCACUUUAUGAUCUCAUAAAUUUUGUUUCGUAACAUCUUGCCCCUUCCUGCUUUAAAACCAGCACUUUUGAGGCCACUAAAUGGCAUUCUCGGCUCAAAGACACCCCAAGAUGGCCGAUCAAUAUGAGAGUAAACAAUUCUGCGGAGACGACUAUUGAUUGGGAAUGCAUAUAUGCAGAUAGAUGUGGCCUAGCAAGCCUCCUGUUAAGCAGUGGUGGAAAGAGAGUCAACAUGAAGUCCUUGAUCAUGGGAAAUAACAAAACAAAGACUUAACAUGAUCUCAGAUCGGGUUCAUUCUUUUCCUCCAAGUGUUGAAAAUACAAGACCCAUCAGGCGGCCAUUAAAACAAUUCUUUACUCGAAGUGAAGAAUUGGAGGCAUUUCUAAAGGUGCCAACUAGUAUGGGAAGUAUUUGUAUUUUUCCUCAUGUUGAUUUCAUUAUGUUUGGUUGUUAUCAGAAAUACUUGGAGCGUUUGUUCUAAUGGUGAAGUAGGUGCCACAGAGGUAGAGAAAUAUCUAAAAAUGUCUCAUUUGCCGUUGUUCCUGAAAUCUUGUGUCAAUUAUAUACAUUGUAAGAUUUUCAACA